AUGAAGACUACCUCCGUCCUCGCAGCUGCCGCGCUGGUCGGUGCUGCUACCGCCAAGGUGCACAAGCUCAAGCUGGACAAGGUCCCCCUAUCUGAGCAGUUUGAUAAACGCAGCCUAAAUGACCAUGUGCGCUCCUUGGGUCAGAAGUACAUGGGCAUCCGCCCUUCUCAGGCCGAGGACAUGUUCCAGGACACGUCCAUCCACGCGGACGGUGGCCAUGAUGUGCUAGUUGACAACUUUCUAAACGCUCAGUACUACUCAGAGAUCACUAUUGGCACGCCGCCACAGAACUUCAAGGUUGUCCUUGAUACGGGCAGUUCAAACUUGUGGGUUCCUUCGUCUUCUUGCAACUCGAUUGCUUGCUAUUUGCACAGCAAGUAUGACUCGUCGGCCUCGUCUACCUUCAAACAGAACGGUAGCGACUUUGCCAUCCAGUACGGCUCAGGCAGCCUUGAGGGCUUCGUGUCUCGCGACGUGGUGACAAUCGGCGAUCUCUCGAUCAAAGAUCAAGACUUCGCAGAAGCCACCAACGAGCCAGGCCUGGCCUUCGCUUUCGGCCGCUUCGACGGCAUUCUGGGUCUUGGGUUUGAUACCAUCUCUGUCAACAAGAUCGUCCCUCCCUUCUACAACCUGCUGAACCAAAAGUCUCUUGAUGAGCCUGUAUUUUCCUUCUACCUCGGCGACAGCAACAAGGAAGGUGAUAAUUCCGAGGCUACCUUUGGUGGUGUUGAUGAGAGCCACUACACAGGAGAACUAGUCAAGAUCCCCCUCCGCCGCAAGGCUUACUGGGAAGUUGACUUCGACGCCAUUGCCUUCGGUGACAGCGUUGCUGAGCUUGACAACACUGGUGUUAUCCUCGACACCGGUACCUCCCUUAUUGCUCUCCCCUCCACCCUUGCUGAGCUUCUGAACAAGGAAAUUGGCGCCUCGAAAUCGUGGAAUGGACAGUACACCGUUGACUGCGCAAAACGCGACUCCCUCCCCGACCUCACUGUCACCCUAAGCGGACACAACUUCUCUAUUACCGCAUAUGAUUACAUUCUCGAGGUCCAGGGAUCUUGCAUCAGUGCCUUCAUGGGUAUGGACUUCCCUGAGCCUGUUGGUCCUCUUGCCAUCCUCGGAGAUGCCUUCCUCCGCAAGUGGUAUAGCGUCUACGACUUGGGCAACGGUGCCGUCGGUCUUGCCAAGGCCAAGAGAAAAAUUGCUGUUGCCUCGAGUGAUCAGAGCAACCCAACGCGACUCGACCGCCUACGCUGUUUAUCAACUAGCCCCAGCCUGAUAUUUAGUACAAAAGCGGGUGGGCUGUCGGUGUCAAUUCAUAAAUUCGAAGAUCUACGGGAUAUGCUUCUGCGACUGCCGCCCACUCUCCAUUACCCCAUCACCGUGACAUCGCUGCUCAAGCGUCCGGGCGAUACGGUUGAGCGGGGUGAUUAUCUCUUUUGGUAUGUCUACAAGACUACUGUCAUCGAGGGCGAUGGGCUGGGCAAUGAUGUCGAGGUUCAAAGGGAGUUUCCCAUAAAAUUCGAGUCAAGUGUUGAUGGGAAUGUGUUGGAGUGGAAAAUCUCUACGGGAGAUAUUAUUGACGAACCGGUAAAUGUUGUUGAAAUCGAAGAACCAUGUGCCCACGAGGUUCAAUUUGGGGGUAUGUGCGCCGAGUGUGGAAAGGACAUGACUGCCGCGAACUACAAUACGGAUAUUAUGGACUCGAUGCGCGCGCCAAUCCAAAUGACCCACGACAACACUGCUCUUACAGUUAGUCAAAGAGAGGCUACACGAGUGGAAGAAGACGCUAAGCGCCGGCUGUUGGCCUCAAGACGCCUGUCCUUGGUUGUUGACUUGGACCAAACGAUUAUACACGCAACUGUGGAUCCAACAGUCGGGGAAUGGAAAGAAGACAAAGAUAACCCAAACCAUGAGGCUGUUAAAGAUGUUCGUGCGUUCCAGCUCACCGAUGACGGCCCGGGUAUGCGCGGCUGCUGGUAUUAUAUCAAACUUCGACCUGGACUGGAAAGCUUUCUACAAAACAUUUCCGAAAUUUACGAGCUACACAUCUACACAAUGGGUACCAGAGCGUAUGCGCAACAUAUUGCAAACAUUGUCGACCCUGAUCGUAAACUCUUUGGAGAUCGAAUUCUAAGUCGUGAUGAGAGCGGCAGUCUUACAGCAAAGAACCUGCAACGUCUAUUUCCCGUCGACACGAAGAUGGUCGUAAUUAUUGACGACCGCGGCGAUGUCUGGAAAUGGAAUCCGAAUCUGAUUAAAGUGUCACCUUAUGACUUUUUUGUGGGCAUUGGCGAUAUCAACUCAAGCUUCUUACCAAAAAAGCAGGAGUUAACCCCAGGAAAGGCUAAAUCCAAACAUGGAGAAAAAAAGGCUGCAGCUACCCCUACUGAACACCAUGUCAACGGCUCCACGCAGGCUCAAGUCUCUGGGAACGAAGUCUCGGCGUUGGAGCAACUUGUAACUAUGGGUGGCGGAGACAACCCGUCAAUGCUUCAGGAACAAGCCACGCAGCAAGAAGAAACAAUCAUGCAUCAAGUGGAAGAUAGGCCGCUGCUUCAGAAACAAAAAGAGCUUGAUGCUGAAGAUGACGCCUCUGAAUCGCAAGCAGGCGCCGAUAGUGAGACUUCAUCGUCAAGCAUGGAAGAUUCUCAGGAUAUAGCGCGGCCAAAGCAUCACUUGCUUGAGGACCACGACACAGAGCUGUUUCAUUUACAAGAGCGGUUAGAAAAAGUGCAUCAGGAGUUCUUUGAAGAGUACGAGCGGCGCCGCACAAGGAACCUGGGAAAAGGAAGAGUUUCCGCUCUUAGGGGUGAGAGGAUUAUUCGGGAUAAAGAUAUCGAACUAGAGUUGCUGCCUGAUAUCAAAACUGUCAUGCCACAGAUUAAGCACAGAGUUCUUGGAGGCGUCGUCGUAGUCUUUUCAGGAGUUUUGCCGCUGGGGACUGACAUGCAGAAUGCCGAUAUUUCUCUCUGGGCCAAAAGCUUUGGUGUCGUUGUCUCGACUAAGAUAGGGUCAAAAACGACACAUUUAGUGGCAGGACGAAACCGGACAGCUAAAGUACGCGAAGCAACGAGAUAUCCUCGAAUCAAGAUCGUCACAACACAAUGGCUGUUAGACAGCUUAACGCACUGGAGACACAUGGAUGAAGAACCAUAUUUAAUUCCAGUCCACCCGGAAGAUCGCGGUGAGCCUGUUCUAGGUAGCUCACCUUGGCUUUCUUCAGAUGAUGAUACAGGUGUAUCAUUUACAGAUGACGAUCUCAAUGUCAACGACGAGAUUAUCAGGUCGUCCGGCAUGACAGAGCAUUCACGUGUCGGAUACACCGUGGAAGAGCAAGCUGCAGUACAUGAUGAACUCAAGGAAUUUCUGGGAAGUGAUGACGAAAGCGACGAUGAUGACGAAGAUGAAGAUGAAGAUUACGUCGAUGACGCGGAAAACGAUGAAGCAGAAGGCGAGACAGAAAAGGGGCCUGUCACUCUAGGCAAGACAGAUCCUUCUCGUAAGCGAAAGCGGGAAGAAGGAGAUGCAGACAGUGAAUUGACGGAAUCUGGAGAAAAAGAGAAUGAACUACGACUGGCACAGCGACUGAAAAGGUCGAGCAACUCUGAAAACAAUUUGAAUGAAAGUACGGCUGUUGGUGUGCCUAGUAGAACAGCAGCAGGAGGAGUGGACGAAGCUGAUGAUGGCUAUGGCGGCGAAGAGGAUGGCUUCGCAGAGAAUGCGGACUACGAUGAGGACGAGUUGGAGAAGGAAAUGUUGGCGGCAUUUGAGAAUGGAGAUUUCGAUGAAUCUGCAGAAGCAAUUGGUGCGGAUAAUGGUUGA